GUACGCGUCCCGUUUUUCCAAAACCCUAAUCAUCGUCACGUUAGCAUCGAAUCGGCAAGAAUAAGAACAAGAGAUGCAGAUCUUCGUGAAGACGCUGACGGGGAAGACGGUGACGCUGGAGGUGGAGAGCAGCGACACCGUCGCCAAUGUCAAGGCCAAGAUCCAGGACAAGGAAGGCAUCGCGCCGGACAAGCAGCGGCUCAUCUUCGCCGGGAAGCAGCUGGAGGACGAGCGCACCCUGGCGGACUACAACAUCCGCAAGGAGUGCACGCUGCACCUGGUGCUCCGCCUCAACGGCGGCGGCAAGGGUGGCUGCUACCCCCCGAAGGUCGACCCCAACCUCCUCCAGCUCGCGCUCAAAUACUGCCAGUACAAGAUGAUCUGCCGCGAGUGCUACGCGCGCAAUUCCAUCAGGGCCAACAACUGCCGCAAGAAGAAGUGCGGUCACUGCAACGAGAUGAGGGCAAAGAAGAAGCUGGCUUUCAAACAGGCCUGAAAACACUGUGGGAAAGCGAUCAAUCCAAGUGUAGUUCAUCAGUUGAAUCAACAGUCUUUAUUAACUCCUUAUUACCAGUCUUAGCGUACUUUAUAAUCUAUAUAAAUCUUGUUUAAGUUCACGCUGGAAUACUUAUCUGAAGCAGCAGAGCAGUACCAUUCCUAAGAAACUACUAGUCAAAAAUCCCUGCCUGUUGUUGAACCUUCAUUGUUAAUUUUCGAUGCAAGUGAACAUGGGAGCAUUAAUGUUAUUUGGGGUCUA